GAGGAGGAGGAGGAGGAGGAGGAGGAGGAGGAGGAGGAGGAGGAGGAGGAGGAGGAGGAGGAGGAGGAGGAGGAGGAGGAGGAGGAGGAGGAGGAGGAGGAGGAGGAGGAGGAGGAGGAGGAGGAGGAGGAGGAGGAGGAGGAGGAGGAGGAGGAGGAGGAGGAGGAGGAGGAGGAGGAGGAGGAGGAGGAGGAGGAGGAGGAGGAGGAGGAGGAGGAGGAGGAGGAGGAGGAGGAGGAGGAGGAGGAGGAGGAGGAGGAGGAGGAGGAGGAGGAGGAGGAGGAGGAGGAGGAGGAGGAGGAGGAGGAGGAGGAGGAGGAGGAGGAGGAGGAGGAGGAGGAGGAGGAGGAGGAGGAGGAGGAGGAGGAGGAGGAGGAGGAGGAGGAGGAGGAGGAGGAGGAGGAGGAGGAGGAGGAGGAGGAGGAGGAGGAGGAGGAGGAGGAGGAGGAGGAGGAGGAGGAGGAGGAGGAGGAGGAGGAGGAGGAGGAGGAGGAGGAGGAGGAGGAGGAGGAGGAGGAGGAGGAGGAGGAGGAGGAGGAGGAGGAGGAGGAGGAGGAGGAGGAGGAGGAGGAGGAGGAGGAGGAGGAGGAGGAGGAGGAGGAGGAGGAGGAGGAGGAGGAGGAGGAGGAGGAGGAGGAGGAGGAGGAGGAGGAGGAGGAGGAGGAGGAGGAGGAGGAGGAGGAGGAGGAGGAGGAGGAGGAGGAGGAGGAGGAGGAGGAGGAGGAGGAGGAGGAGGAGGAGGAGGAGGAGGAGGAGGAGGAGGAGGAGGAGGAGGAGGAGGAGGAGGAGGAGGAGGAGGAGGAGGAGGAGGAGGAGGAGGAGGAGGAGGAGGAGGAGGAGGAGGAGGAGGAGGAGGAGGAGGAGGAGGAGGAGGAGGAGGAGGAGGAGGAGGAGGAGGAGGAGGAGGAGGAGGAGGAGGAGGAGGAGGAGGAGGAGGAGGAGGAGGAGGAGGAGGAGGAGGAGGAGGAGGAGGAGGAGGAGGAGGAGGAGGAGGAGGAGGAGGAGGAGGAGGAGGAGGAGGAGGAGGAGGAGGAGGAGGAGGAGGAGGAGGAGGAGGAGGAGGAGGAGGAGGAG